UCUGGGACAUUCACUCCAUACAGCGGUUGAAACAUUGUAUCUAUUUGUUUCCAUAAAUGGAUCCAUUUAUGGAAACAAAUAGAUACAAUGUUUCAACCGCUGUAUGGAGGGAAUGUCCCAGAACUGUCAUAAAUAGUCUAUUUCUGACAGUUCUGGGACAUUCCCCAUCCAUACAGCGGUUGAAACCGCUGUAUGGAUGGAAUGUCCCAGAAAGUGAAUGUCUGUCAGAAAUAGACUAUUUAUGACAGUUCUGGGACAUUCCCUCCAUACAGCGGUUUCAACCUACUUCUUCUUCUUCUUCAUCCUCAUCCU